AUGGCAGCCAAACCUGGUGCAAAGGCUGAGGGUGUUUAUGGAUCUGAAUCUCCUCCAGAAGAAGAACAACCACUGUUGAAAAAACAGAAAUUCGAUGCGGAAGAUGGCAACCAAGAACCACUAGUAGAAGGAAAAGAAGAUGAUUCUGAUGAUUGGCAUGAAAAUAAAGUGACCAAAGAAGAGUGGGCGAGGUAUAACAAACAAGUCGAAGAAAGCGAGGGCUUUGACGUUGACAAACUUCCCGAUAACCAAUUGUGUGGUUUGAUUGUACCAAUUACAAACUUUGAUUGUGAUUCCUGGUGGCUUAAGAAUGUCACCUGCUGUUCAAGCUUAGCCAUAGAUUCGUACAACACUGAAAAUGGUACAAAUUACAAGUAUUUGAAGGCCCUCAAAUAAAAUGUACAGCCUGUUGCGGG